GUUUCCGUAGUGAGGCAACAGAGCCUCCCGUUCCACAUAACUCAGGCUGAAGUCAGGCUUUGUCAUAGUUUCUCAUUUUGACUCUUCUGUUCUGCUCCUAAUCGAUGCUGCUGAACUUUCUUUUUGUCACUUGAGCGUUUUCCUUUUAAGUCGCCGGACCUCCAGUCUUAUUUUUUUUUUUUUUUCUGUCUCUCCUUGUUCUGAAAAGAGCUGAGCUAACUGCUCAGACUGUUAUCAGGGAGUUUAGACCAACUCCAUUUCUCCCUCUUUCCCUCCCAUCUCAGUCAGAAGCAGCUUCAUCUUGCUGUCAGGGAUCAUGUGGGAUCUUUCUAGUAGAUCCCUCUGGCUCUCCUCUGACUGCUGACAACUUCAGUCAGGCACCUCCAGACCUGCUUAGCAGCAGCAGCAGGCGCACAAGUGUCGUCUAAAGAUAACGUUUCUGGUUUCCUGCUGUCGCCUGGGAGCUGCGGCUGACGUCAGGACGCUCAGUUUGAGUCCAGCCCCUUGGGGUCACACAAGAUCCUCUUCUGUGUUUUGUCAGAGGAGCGACAGCAGCAGACAGGAGAUAAACGAAAGAAUUAGAAGACUUCCCCACUCUGCUUUUGUGUACAUGAGCAAAAGCUGUGUUGAGUGAAGUGGGGACCGUUUUGUGGGAACAUUUAAACCUCGCCUCACACCUGCUGGCCUGAACGGGGAAUCCCUCCUGAACUCGACUGCGUCGUCCUCCGCCUUCUGCCUCCUCAUGCCCCUGCAGGCGGAGCGCAGCGCCCGGCGAGCGAGCGCGGCCUGUUGCCUGGAGAAGCCUGCGUCCUGAGAGGGAUGGCCCUGAAGAGGCGGCUGCUGUGGGCCGUGGGGAGCGUCGCCUGCCUCCUGGUCAUGUACAUUCUGUGUUUGAACACACCGUGGUGUUCGUCGUGGUACCUGAUCAAUGUGAAGACCUGGCCGAUGAGGACGGUCAGCUCCUCUAAGGAUGCUCUGCGCAGAUGGAGCGACCUCGUGCAGGAUGACCUGACCACCACCCUUCUUGACCUCGCAGAAGCCAAACAGACUGCAGCUUUAAAGACUCGACCAGUCACCAGCCCACCAAAACCAGCACAAGACCAAAUCAAGAUCAACCCGCUGUCCAGGUCUCAAGGUGUAGACAAAACCAAAAGAACCACGAGGGCCCCUCUGGCCAAGCCCGCCAGGGUGCCGGGCCCCACAGAACCCCCUUACAUCGGAGACUUUUACAUGAGUGAGAACAUCCCUCCACAAACGAACUGCCCAGAUGGGAUCCGAAGUCGGAUAAAGGAGUCCGAGUUUGGACCGCGAUUCCUGGAGCAUAUUCCUGUCCUGCAGUGGGCCCAACAUGUGACUCCGGAGCAGCACCAGCGUCUGAAACAGUACCCAGGAACGCACGGCUGGGGAGGCGUCGACUACGACACUCUGGUGGAUACUCUGACUGUGCUAAACUCCUCUGCAAACUGGAGGAUGUUGGAUGACUGGGAAAGUCGCAAUAAUAAAUUGGAGUGCAGCCACUGUGCCGUGGUGGGAAACGGAGGGAUCCUGAAGGGCUCGAAAAAAGGGAAGGAGAUCGACGGCCAUCAUUAUGUCUUCAGGACCAACGGGGCGGUCAUCAAAGGCUUCGAGGAAGAUGUGGGCUCCCGGACCACCCACUACACCUUCUCCACCAACACGCUGAUGAACUCCAUGAGGAGCUACGGCGGCAUCGGGUACAGCGGACCGCCCGUGUCCACGGAGACGCGCUACGUUUUCCUGCCCGAUCACGACCGGGAUUACCUGCUGAUGAAGGCGGCGUCCACGCACACGUUGGUGGUCAGGGGACCUGAGCGAGGCAAAGACCCAACAAGAUACUUUGGAAAGGAUGUCUCAGCAGCAAAGCUGAAGAUGUACCACCCAGAUUUCAUCCGUUACCUCAGAAACAGAUUCCUUCGGUCGAAGAUCCUGAACAGUCAAUUUAGGAGCAUCUACCGUCCGUCGACUGGUGCUGCAAUGCUGCUGGCGGCCCUGCACACCUGCGACCAGGUGAGCGCCUACGGCUUCAUGACGCCAGACUACAGCAAAUACUCUGAUCACUACUACGACAAAUCCUAUCGCCAGGUGGGCUUCUACGCCAACCAUGACAUGCGUAUGGAGAUGACGGUGUGGCAGAAGCUGCACAAGGCCGGACUCAUUACUCUUUACAUGCGCAAUUAAACGGACCUCAACUGAUGUCGCCCUUCCUGCAACGUGACUCGAGUUUUCCUGUCAGUGAAGAACGGUAAAUUCUUGUUUCUUCAAACAACUGUUUGGGUUGUUCCUGGGAACGACGAAGAUUUACUUAAACUAUUUCUUUAGAAGGAUUUAUUUAUUUUGGGAUGCACGAGUUGAGCAUCUGUGGCUCCCCAAAGAAAAUUUUUGUUUUCUCAAUUAUCACAAUCAUGUAGAAUCGUAAUUUAAGAAAAGGGUGACAGAGUUCUUAUACAAACAAGACCAAAACUAAGGAUUUCUGAGCCUUAAAGAAAAUCCACUGGAGUAGCAGAAGUUAGUUCUUUGAAAUUUGCUGCUCGUACAUUACUGACCUCAAGAUUCACCAUCCUGCUUUGUGCAUAAAUUAUUGACCGUUCUGGUAAUAAAUGCAUCAGUUCAUAUUACAUGCAGUCACAAACAUAUAUUUCUAGGUGAAAAUAUGUUUAUAGUUUGGAUAUUCUGACUCCACAGAUUGCGAUCUCCGGUUUUUGAGAAGAUUUGACCUUGUAAAGCCGUUCAGCUUUAGCCGUCCUGCCAACUUUCAAUCAUUUCUACCAGGAGCAAAGGCGAUGUCGGGGUGUGUGUGAGCGUGUGGGCGUGUGUGUGUGUGUGUGUGUGUGAGCUCUUGUUUUUACUGAUUUCAAACGGAGAUAAACUGACGUGGUGUUUACAUUUUAAAUGGUAUACAAAAUCAUGUUUACUAACUGCUGUACUCUGUUCAGCCUUCUUGUUACCCUUCUAAGGUUUUUCUCUCUCUCAUGCAUCCUGAAUGAACUGCGGCCAAGUCUUGACAUGUUGUUGAAAAUUAUCUUUAAAAUAUGUGAUUUCUCUCAUUUAAAUGCCUCACCGAUGCUGAAAAUGACCAACUUUAAGUCGUCGUCACUCGGUUUACAGCACCUUUGUUGUUGCUGCUAGGAAACCAGGCAGUUCUUGGUAUACAAAUAUCCCUGGUUGUAAAAAUAAUUAUCCUUGAGUUUACAGCCCAAAAUUGUAAGUCACAUCACCGUCUGAUGUCUCUAAUUAUAGUGUUUGUGAGCAUAAAGAUAGCCUGAGAUGAUAUUGUGUUUUAUUGCUAACAAUAGCUUCGGUUAGCGUUUCCAUCCCUGGUCCUCAAGGCACACUGCCCUGCAUGUUUUAGAUGUUUAAUACACUUGAAUCAGAUGUUGAGCGACAGCCUGUUAAUCAGCCUUCCAUUCAAAUCAGGUAUCCUGAAGCAGAAAAAUGUCUAAAACAUGCAGGACGGUCUGCCUUUCUGACCAGGGUUGGAGAAAAACUGGCAUAGCUAACGUCUGGGCUAACAGGUGCCUCUAAAUGAUUUACUUGUGGAUAAAAGUUACAAUAUGAAAUUUGUUAACUUUGUGGUAUCAUUCUGAAGUUUGAAUCUUGACUUCUGAGCUCUGACCAUCAACACAGUAAUAGAAAGAUGUGCUAACGUUUGCAAGUGGCUCAGACUGAUCAGUUUUUAAAGCAUUAAGCUGUGCAGUUGAGCUUCAGGUUUUGUCAACAGCCGCACUAAACAGUCUGGAGUCAUUUUCUGCAGGAGGUCAUGGUACAAAGUGCUAAAGAUAAACGCAUGAGUAAAACCGGUGUCUAGAUAUGUCGAAAUCUGCAAUCAUGAUUGUUUUGGUGACCCAUCUGCUGAUAAACGUACCAUUAAAAAGUGACGUGCAUAAAGAGUCACUAAGAAAACCCAAGAUUGGUUUCCAGGAUGUCAAAACUCAGUUUCUGGUUAAAGUAUUAGUUGAGUAUGAAAUUUGUUGUACUUCCUGAAGUGAUGAGUAAAUGUUCCUGAAAUAAAACUGUAAUGUGCUGAGGAGUAGAUGCAGUUCCUUGAAGACAGUUUGUUUUUUUUUGUUUUGUAUUCUAGAACCUAGGAUACAGAACCUUUUUUCUCCUACAGCAACAAGGACUGUAAACUUUCACCAAAGAUCUAUCCCAUUAUUCCCUUUUUUUUUUUAGAGCCAUAAGUCGCAGCAAACGUGUCGCCUGAAGGACUUUAGAACGUCACAAAAUGUGUCUCUGCCAUAAAGUUUAAUGUGAGACGCUGUUAAGGAUCCAGCUCUGUUUACCACUUCAGCGGCUCUCAUCUGUGGCCAAAGCUUAUUCUGACUCCAUCUCUGUGACUCCUUUUACUGUGGACUGCCUCCAACUGUGACUUUAAAGCUCAUUUUGAUUAUUGUAUAGAUAUGAAAGGAUUUAUAUAUUUAACUUUUAAUUUUAAUGUUUUUUUUGUUUGUUUUGUUUUUGUUUUUUUAACACAUUGCCACUUUGUGGCCAUUUGUGCCUUUAAUGAGAAGCAGCAUUUUGUGUUCUUGAGAUAAUUUUUUUUUUUUCGGGGUGGGGGGUAUUUCUACAUAGACAGGAAACUGAAGCUGUUUAAGACUUGUAUUAUGUUUGGAAGGUGGUAGGUAAUGGGAUCGGUUUGUUCACACUCCCCUCUGAGCCAUGACGAGGGUCAAAUGUCAAACUGUCCUCCCUGUUGCGUCAUCCUGAACGACAAACUGAAAGUUGCAUUUUUCCUAUAGUCUUGAGACACUAUGGGCUUUUUUCCAAGUGGAAUAAGUGUUUUGUAUUAUAAGCUUCAUUCAAAUAAAGGGGUUUGGUUCUCUGAACCUGUCUAUUUUUCUAGACUGUAGCCACGCAAAGGGACUUUUACAGUGCAAUUUCUCUUUAUUUUUGACCCAAUAAAACUGUAAUGUAAAACCAGUCUUUAUGGAUUUUCUGUUUUUCUGUAACCUUUCACCUUUCCAACCUGAGUGGUGUUUUUUAUUUCCUGCAACAGAACAUGGAGAAGAUUUUCUGGAAAAUAUUUAAUGAAAAUAAAAGCCAGUCAGCUGACACA